AUGGAAAAACCUCUCACCCAAUCUGGUGAGAGAUCAAGAGGGAGAAGGAAACAAGCUGAGCCAGGUAGGUUUCUUGGGGUGAGGAGAAGGCCUUGGGGUAGAUAUGCAGCUGAGAUCAGAGACCCAAGUACUAAAGAGAGGCAUUGGCUUGGGACGUUUGACACUGCUCAAGAAGCAGCUUUGGCUUAUGACCGAGCUGCUUUGUCCAUGAAAGGAGCUCAAGCAAGAACCAACUUCAUUUACUCUGACAACUCCACUUUCCACUCUCUUCUAACACCCUUUGAUGUUCAAACCCUAUUGCCACAACAAUCACUUGAGUUCUUCACUUCCACCACUACACAGACUCCUAGACAACAACAACAACCCACCCAUCAGAACACUCCACCUGCUCAGUCCAGCAUGUUUUAUCAGAAUGAGAGAAACCCCAACCUUAGGUCCAAUGAAAAACCCUCAUUUGAUGCUCUCUUCUUCUCCAAUGACUUUUCUUCUGAUAAUUCAGGUUACCUGGGUUGCAUAGUUCCUGAUAACUGCUUGAGGCCUCCUUCUGAUAUUCCCAAAAGCAGUGAGUUUACUACUACUCAUGCUUUGGAUAUUGAUCAUCAGAAUUUUAGCUUUACAAAUUCCUCCAUUCAAACUCAACCACAUUGUGAUCAAAGCAGUACUGCUACUACAUUUCCUCUAGAUGUAAUGAAUGUGCCAGCUUCGAUAAUGGCGUCUAGCAGUAACCCUGGAGAUCAGCCUUCUUGCUUUGAUGGAUUCAGUCAUGGAUUCUGGGGUGAUAACCAGCAGUACUCGUCAUUGGAUCAGUUAAACUCUAGAGAGCUUUCAACAAUGGUGGACAGCAACCUAUUCAUGACUGAAGAUGGGUGCAACAUUGAAGCCUUGUAUCCGAUCAUCGAAAAUCAAAGUACUUCUUCGUUCUCUUGCUCCCCAUCAGUUCAUCCUUUUGGUGAUGUAGUAAUCGAGUUUGGCCAUUCCCUCUAUUAG